AUGGUCAAGGGAAAUACAACUGGCUAUGAGGAAGGUAGCUCUCCUUUGGAUGCUUUGCACCAGGCAGCAGUGAAUUAUGCUACAGCAAUUACUGUAAAGCCCAACGACCCAAAACCUCACUUUCUGCUGGGUCAAGUUUUAGAGGAACAUUACUAUGCAGCUGAGAUAUAUGGACUAAAGAAAAAGCAACAAGAGGAGGCUGCUGAGCUCAGCACUGCUAAAGCAACUGGAAGACAGGAGGAAAUACUUGCUAUAUGUAAACUCCAUGGCAUUCAGGGGAGACCUGCUCUAGAACAACAACUCAAGGCACUAGAUGCAGAAUAUCAUCAACUAAAAGACCAAGGACAAUCAGAAAAAGCUGACUACAUUCAAACGCUCUUCACUUGGAAGUCAAAACAAGCUGGCAAGGACAUGAAAUGUGGAGCAGCAGUCACAGAUGAGGAGAGUUCCUUUGGUCAGGCCUUGAUGAAAUACUUAGAUGCUUUGUCACUGAACUUAGAUAACUGGCAGUACAACUUCCAUGUAGGAAGAAUGCUGUUACUACACAGAAGAAACAAAGAAGCCCUCACAUAUCUUCAGGAAGCACUGGGUCUACGGCCAGCAGCUGCCAUUACAAGGUGCUAUGUAGGCUUAGCCCUGCUGGAACAAGACGGUGGACCAUCUAACAGAAUGGAAGAAGCAAUUGUGUACCUACAGCAAGGAUUAGAACACCUCAUAAAUCAGCUCUUAAAUCAAUCUGAGAAAACUCAGCAAAGUCUAGGUAUGUUAAAUGCAGAAAACCUCUUCUCCCUGACAAAUGCUCAUUUACUUCAAGGCAUUCUGAAAAUGGGGAAUCAGCAGAGUAAACUGUCAUUUAAACCUUCUGUACAGAUCCAGACUGCUCAAAACACACUUCAUAUUGCUGCAAGUCUAGCUGCCAAGGCAUUAUGUUUUUGUCAGUAUCUUGGAGCCAUCACAGAACAACUGGAAUGGGUUUUGCUUGAGGCACACUAUGGUUUGCUAGAGCUCCUCAUGGAAGAGCCCAAGGGAAAAGAACAUUUGAUUCAUAAGAGAUGCCAGGCUUUGUCAGCACUGUUAAGGCUUACUUCUAUUCCGGCCUGCCAGGAACUUUUGGAUAUGCAAGAGAAGAUUUAA